GUCUGCUUUCGUGUUUACAAAGCCAGAGUGAGAGAGAGAUCUCCUUAAGCUCCAAUCUCUCUCUCUCUCUCUUCUCUUCUUCCUCUUUGCUAACAAAGCAUCCUUUUUUUUUCUGAAGACGAAGAAGCUCCAUGACGAAGCAGCACGCGAACUGGUCUCCUUACGAUAACAAUGGAGGAACAUGUGUGGCAAUCGCUGGAUCGGAUUACUGCGUUAUCGCCGCCGAUACUCGGAUGUCAACCGGUUACAGCAUUCUCACUCGCGAUUACUCCAAAAUCCAUAAACUAGCAGACAAAGCUGUGCUCUCUUCCUCUGGCUUUCAGGCUGAUGUGAAAGCGUUGCAGAAAGUUUUGAAAUCAAGACACUUGGUUUAUCAGCAUCAGCAUAAUAAGCAGAUGAGCUGUCCUGCGAUGGCUCAGCUUCUCUCCAACACGCUUUACUUCAAGCGCUUUUUUCCUUACUAUGCAUUCAAUGUUCUAGGAGGGCUUGACGAGCAGGGUAAAGGAUGUGUUUUCACGUAUGAUGCUGUUGGUUCCUAUGAGAAGGUUGGAUACAGUGCUCAAGGUUCUGGUUCCACACUGAUAAUGCCUUUCCUUGACAAUCAACUCAAGAGUCCCAGCCCACUUCUGCUACCUGCACAGGAUGCCAUCACACCCCUUUCCGAACCUGAAGCAGUUGACCUGGUCAAGACCGUAUUCGCAUCUGCCACUGAGAGGGAUAUCUACACUGGAGACAAGCUUGAGAUCAUGAUUCUUAAGGCCGAUGGCAUCAGGACCGAAGUCAUGGAGUUGAGGAAAGACUAAGCAGGCAUAUGAGUGUUGGGGACACAACUUUGUUCGUUUUUCUUUAUUCGCAUCUCAACAUUAGGUCCCCUCGGUUAUCUUGAACUAUGUUAUUGGCUUGGAUGUAUUGCAGUUAUCAACUCAUGCUUGAAGUUUCCUUUAUGACAAAGUUCUUUUCAAGAGAUUUUAUAACAUUAUUAGAUUUCUUAGCUCUAUAAAACUUCUAUAGAGUUCAUCUUCA